CGGAGGGACACAGAAGAGUCACGUACGUGGAAGAGACUUGGGUGGUCUUGUUGAAGGGAGAGAGGAGGGGCAGCAGGAAGGAGGGGGGGAGGGGGGAGGGCAGAUAUGGAUCGCAGCUGGGACAAUCCCGGAACUGUAAGGCAGACCGCACCCGAUAACGAGACGUGGGAGGGGGAGAGCAACAGCAGUGAAGACGACUCUUCUAUAGGGGAUUACGACGGUACAGAUAUGCCGAUCCCGGCGCACGACAUCGAUCUAGAAGACGAGGAGUUUCCUCGUGAAGAUCUUUUGAUCGUCCUCGAAGGGCUCAAUAAAUGGCCCUGGACUGUCUACCCUACUCAACUCCGCAAUUGCCUUGCUGCGGCGGCGAAGAUAGUACACGGAGGGGGCGAGGAUGUGUCGCCGGAACUUCGCCGGCUCCAGACCCUUUAUCGGGAGGCCGUGCCCAAUGCCUUCGAGAAGUGUCUGGACGACAAAGCGAUUUGGAAAUGGAACGAUGUCAUCCAUAGCAACAUCUUCGACGCCCUCCUGCGGCUGAUCGACGUGGUGGUGGUGAAGCUGCCCCAGCUGUUUGUUGCGGACGUAGGGACCGAGGAUGACGUCCUUCCCCUGCUGAGGUCUCUCUCUCUGGGCCUCGACAAGUCGAGCCAAUAUCACAUCAAACACAAGGAGCAGGUACUGCCCGACGUGGCGACGCAGUUGUCGGAUCCUGAACGAUUCGCGAGACCUAUCGCGGGGUCGCCAGCGCGGACGAAGAACGGGGACUGGUACUGUACGCUGAGGAAGGCGCACGUGAGAACGACAGAUGGGUGCUCGUGUCAUCGGUGUCGGCCACCGCCGAAUUUCUGCUGGCUUGCAUAUCUGCUGAAUUACUUGGGACUAGGGCAGUAUGGCAACGGGUAUGAGGUGCUGCUGAAGGUGCUGCAGGGGUUGCAGAGAUGGCAGCCGGCGAUCAUGGAGGCGUUGUUGCAGCCGAUUGCGAAGGCGGCAGAGUUUCUGGUAGACGAUUGCGCGGCGAUGUUCCUAGAUCCGUGUCGGUCUGUACUUAGGUCAGUAUCGGACCUGCUAGAGAGGGACGUGGACGCGCUCAGCGACAAGACCAGAGACGGUUCCUACACGGCUCUCUCCCAGAUCUUGAAGUAUCUUCAGGCGAUCAUCGGACGGUCGCUGUCGGCGGAAAAGGCGGAUGGAAUGGUGGCACAAGUUCAGAGAAGGAUGGUCGAGCGAAUGCUGGGCUUUCCUUCGUUCAAUAAGCAACUCAGCGCAGUGCGGGAGAUCAACAAGUUGCUGGAAAACGCUCGAAGCAUUGCCGUCCGGGACAAUUCGCAAGCAGUGCGGACAACAAUAGAGUGGCUGGAAAAGAAUGACAUACUGAGACGGGUCCUGAGGUCCCAUCUUCAUCACAAGCAGUAUGUUGAUCAGGUGGAGAAAAUCAUGCGAUUUUUAUUGCAGGAGAGGUGCCUCUCGGAGGAACAUCUAAAUGCUAUUUGGGCAGCGACUGAAAAGCCGGACCAAUUUGAAGCUGUGAAGAACAAUAUUUUUGACCUCCUUGCAGAUUUGGCAUGGUCUUUUUCCCCUGAGCAGCUGGACAGUUUGUUUGGGCGUUUCGAAAGGAGCCAGGGACGCCCUGCUUCUGACAUUGUAAAGAUACUGCAGUUAGUUAAAAAACUUGCCCGCAGUGACACGAAAGGUGUCAUGGCCACAAGGCUGCUGGAGCUGCUUUGGAAUAUGAUGCAUUCGGGCGAAGUACCUGCAGAAGUAUUGGAGUCGGGUGCAAUGACAGAGAUACUUGGGCACUAUCACUCUGUCAAUUGUGCAAGCAAAGAUGUAUACAUUCAACGAUGCUUAGCGAUGGUGAGGAAGGGCGAGUCUGUGAUACCGUCUUUGAGACUCCUGAGGGAAAUCAUCUUACUGGACCCUGAACGACCUUUCUAUCAGAAUCAUGUUGCGCGAGAGAAGCGCCUACAGGCGCUAAACGCUGAGCAUGAACUACUUCAGCUGGUUGUGGCGAGCCUGGAGUCGUGGAUGUCACAUGCUAGAACACUGCCCGUGGAAGUUCUGACGGGGGUGAAUAUGCCCUCUGCUCCUGGUCCAGGAUCAGGAACAAGCCCGAGGUCCCUUCUGGUGGAUGGGAGGUAUAUGCACGAGGAGCGUGUUAAAGAGCAACUGGAGUUUCUGCUUUUUGCUCUGAAGGCUGGGUCGUUGCGGCUGCCAUGGGAUACCACAGAGCGACUUUGGAAUUGUCUGGUUGAGGAUCCAGCCUGCGAGGCAGACAGGCAGAAAGGACUGGAGUGGUUCUCAAACGCCAUGAACAAGGCAGCCCUCUUGACAGUGGAUGCGCAGUUCAAUAUUCUUACCAAGAAGCUGACCAACAUGGAUCCGGCGACCCUCACUGGAACUGCCUUCAGGUACUGUAUGCUCGCACGACUUCAAAGCAGGGUUUCAAAGUACCGCCCGCUGCUGCUGCCCAUUGUUGAAGUGCCUUUCUUGCUGCCUCCAUUGAAGUCCCGCCUGCCCUCAUCGCCAGCAGCCAUCGCAGCCUCAAGGACGAAGAAAGAGCUGGCAACGACGAACCUGGAAGCCAACGAAGUGGGCCACCAGCCGCCAGGAUCACUACGCAGCCAGGCUGUGAGGAAGCACUUCACGGAAGCGGGAAUCAUUUGCAAAGCUGAGAAGGGGAACGAAAAGCGUGUAUGCAAUUUUUGCGACAAGCCUGUGGCCGGGACAGCCAGCAGGGCAAGGGAUCAUUCGACGUCAAGAUGCGACGAGGAGGGCCUGAGAGGUAUUAUACCAAAAGAGGAGUGCUUGAGGAGGGAGAAGGGGAGGCUGGCUGCAAGGUCCAAGAUGGGGGCCAUUGUGGCAGAGCGUGAAACGGAGGAAUCAUUGGAGGAAGAGAAUGCUCCGUGGACAUUGGUGGAAGGAGUUGUGGAUUCAUUGGGGUCUGCGGUAGGUCUCCGCCAUACGACAACACUCAUCCUCCGCGGACAGUGCCGCUUACAUUAUGGCACACGAGCAAACACAUUGCUCGAUAGAUGCUUGGAUAUGGCCGAAUGCAUCACUUUCAACAUGAUGAAGAGCGAAUACUGGGACAAACUGCUGCACGAGCUAAUGAAUGCGUCGAAAGACUUCAGACCACUGACAGAGGCCACCCAUCAACGUGAUGGUCUCCUUAAGGGCUCCAUCUUUUGGAGAAGUGUGUAUGUCACGGUGGAACAAGGGCACCUCAGCAUACUACGCCAUUUUGAAGAGGGCAAUAGAGGAGAUAGGUGCGGAGGCAGUGGUGGGGUCAUUAUGGACAAUGUUGCUGUCUGCCCAGCUGCGGGGCAAAUGAUUGAAGCAGAUCACCCGCACAUCUUCUCUGUCCCGUGCACAGCACACUCCCUCGACUUGAUGUUCGAGUCUUUCACGAAGAUUGGGUGGGUCGGUGCAAUUGCAAACAGGGCAUCGGAGGUUGCAAAGUUCUUCACGAACGAUUCACGGGUGUGGAAACUCCCGGUCCACUACUCCAAUGGCGGUGUUGUGUCAGAACCGGCCAGAGAUCGUGCACACUUGCGUCAGCUGUUCGUGAAGGCGACACAUUCCAUCUUGGACGACACCUUCUGGGCGGAUGUCCAGAAGGUGAUGCAGACGUCCAAGCACGUGCUCAAACUUUUGAAGAAGGUCGAUGGCACGGGCCCCACCAUUAGUGGAGAUCAUAUGGACAGCACAGUGGAGAAACUAACGGAGAGCAAGCACUUCGCCGAAGCGGAGGAGCUGCUUGAGGAGACCAUCAUGUGGCACUGGAACACAAUGACAUCAGCGCUGCAUUGUGCUGCGCUGUUCUUGGAUCCAGAGCAUCGCGGCCGGAAAUGGAUGCAGCUGUUGCGGAUGGGUUUUGGGUUUGGGGUUACUCGUGGUGCAAAGAGUCUUCGUAUGUUGAGGUUGACACAGAGGUUUGUUCUUGGAUCGAGGGCACUGGGAGACAAUUGUGAAGAUGCAAGGGCACAAACCCGUGUGAUGCAGCCGGCGAGGUGCUGGAGGAAGUGGUGCAGUGACAUGCCUAUCCGCUUGGACGAGCGCCCUCCUCUUGUUGCGAGAGGAACUGGAGCUUGUUUGAACGAAUUCAUAGCUGUUUCUGUGACAACCUCGGCUGAUAUGGAUUCUAUGAAAUGGGAAGCGGAUGAACCGGUGGAAGAUCUCACAUGGGAUGAGAUGGCAGUGGAUGCACAAUUGCGGUUGGUGCAGUGGUGUGUCGGGCUGCACAGAACAGAGCCCGUUUGUGAUCCAGGUGAUGAGGAGGUUGAGGACGUGGAAGGUGGCAAUUUGGCAGCAGGUCCUGCACCCGCACGUGUCACAAGAAAGCGGGGGAGAUCACCGAAGGAGUCCGUGGAAGAGGAGGAAGCAGCACCAAAAGGGACAAGCAGCGAUGAAAGUGGCGUCAGCGGCGAUGAAAGUGGUGGCGGCUGCCACGAAAAUGGUGGCAGUGGCGAUGGUCGUGACCGGAGGGGUGGCAGCGGUGGGACUGAUGGCGGUGGCAAGGAGGACGAAAGCGAAGGCGAUGAGAAAGGUGGCAGUUCAUGCUUUACACGGCUGUUCCAAUGGGUGAAUCUAAAUGAAAGGAAACUUAAACGGCGUAAUCAUGAUGACAACUCUAUUACGCAUGAUUUGGAUUUAAUUGGGCUCUCCUAUGUUUGGAAGAUUAUUCUCCACUCCCCAGUAAAUGACAUCGUGGAUCUUAGCAUCAACAUGCUCCGUGACAUUCACACAUGUCUCGCUGACGCAUUACUGGAGAAUGUGGUAGGUAUAAGACAGCAUUUCAUUGGUGAGGUUCUCGAGAGACUUGAAGCAGCUAUCGAGACGGGAGGGAUACAAAACCCGGCCCGGAUGACCGCAGUCGAGCAGUCGUCAGACAGCAUGAGUGCAGCAAGCUGCAGUGUUGUCGAUGACAAUAAUUGGGAGGACAAAGCAAAGAAAGACACUGGCUCUGAGGAAAAGGUAGUGGACCGACACACAACAAAAGACCUCGCAUCCCCCACGUCUGGAGGUGGGAAAUGUGAAGCUUCACAGCCAUCGGUAGAGCAAUGGGACCAGGUGGAACGCUGCUUGAGAUUACUCCAGCUGGAUACCUUGAAGACCGAGGUCCAGCAACUGCAGUUGCCGAACAAGGAAGGCAACAACCUAAUGCAUUACAAGAUGCCAACUUUCCACAUUGAGAAGUUCGAUGACUACAUGCAUCAAGACCCGGUACUCUGGUGGGAAGGCUUUACGACGCAACUGCGGAUUCUGUUCGUCGCCAAGCACGCGUACAUCGGCGCCCUGUUUCUUAGCUCAAAGGGCGGAUGCCAGAUCUGGUUAACCCACCUAGCAUCCACCCAUGGCGUCGACGUCGCAGAUUUGAAAGACAAGAUCUCAUGGGAAGAGUUAACAUGGCUGUGGAAGAAGCGGUUCAUCGUGGACGACGCACCUGCACUCGCCAUCAACCGUCUCUUCAACAUGACACAAGGCAACACAGCAACACGUGACUGGCUCAUGGAAUGGCAGAACAUCGCGGCAACGCCCGAUCUUGACUUGCCAUUUACGCAUCUGCGCCGUGAGUUCUACAAUAGGUCAUGCGCUGCAUUGAGCCUUGCUCUUGGUGAUCGCGAGCAGUAUGCAACCUUCGCUGAGAUCAUUGACAAGGCAAGGGAGAUCAUCAAGACCAACAGAGCAGCACAUGAGAGAUCAACAUGGCAGCCGACCUAUGUGGAGAAGCUAAAGACUGGUCCGCGGCCGCAGCAUGUCGCUGCAGUCCAAUCGGAUAGUGGAGAAGACCAGGCAGCCUCCCAAGCAUCGCGUGAGGGAGAUCAGGUGGCUGCUGUCCAGCCGCGAAGCAACAACAAGUCCCGAGGUAAUGGGAAGGCGAAAUCAGCAUCGCAGGCCGGAAACGGACAACCAACACCAUCGGUCAAGUUCAACUUGACCGAGGCCGAGUACAAGUACCGCGGCCGUUACGACCACUGUUACCGGUGCAACAGCACCAAGCACAAGACCUCCCUUUGCCAGGAUCAGGCCAAGGAGGAUGCGACUCCACCUCCCACUCUGCCAGAUUCGGCCGCCUGGCUAGCGGCCUCCUACACAUCUGGGGAGGAUGUGAAUGUCGUAAGUUCUCGGUAUGCUUACGAGGACAAUGCUGUCCACUUGGUCCCACCGUUGGACCAACGGCUCCACGUGCAACAAUCUACCGCAUCCACGGUUUCAUCACCAUCGGCAACCGAAUCGGCAGCUUCGCCGCAAUCUAUCACCAGGGAUUCAACGUCAUGGUCAAGACUUGAAGAGCUCGACCCGUUGACGUUCACGGACUUCCAGUGGAUGCCCGUUCCCCCGACCGGUCGAUUGCCGAAACCGCAUUGCAAUGUGCUUAUGGCACAAUUGCGGGAUUACUUGCACAUUGUAGUACCGACUCCGUUGAUGGACGCCGGAGUAGAGGUUGUCGACCUUCACGCCUACAUUGCGAAGAUCGACCGCGAGUUCAAGACACAACGCUACGACGACAUCGACGCACCAUUGCUAUAUGUACGCAUUCAGAUCGGAGAAGCGACCUGCAGCGCUUUGAUCGAUUGUGGAGCAUCUCGCAACUACAUCAACUAGGACUUCAUGGUGCGCGCCGGCCUUGGCCCACGCGUCCCAAGGAAGCCCCAUUCUACGCAAAUCACGUUGGCGGACUGUCACACGCACAAUCAAUCGAUCGGUGCAUU